UGCGGGUUAGUUGGGGGAAUAUAUGUUUCGUUCAUCGAUUCACUAAUAUUGUCUUUCAUUAAUUACACCGUCGCCCGAAUCAGAGUACUCGGGAUGGAAAUGAACCAAUUAUUUUCGGUAGAAAACCGAAGUAAAGAAGAGACUGUACGGUUUCUAAGAUCGAUGGUAAUUAAGCACUUGGACAUUAUCAGCCAUGUGAAUCAGAUGAACGAGAACUUUAAAUGGUUCUUUUUCAUCGAUUUUACACUGAAAUCUUAUCACAUUUGUUUAAUUUUGGUGACAUUUCUCGACGAAAGCACAGCCGCCUUCUUUACCAUACAUUGGCAAAUAUUCAAAGUCAGCCUUGGUGCGUUAUUGUUCACGCAAGUUAGCAUAUUAUAUUAUUGUGCAAACAAUGUCUCAAACGAAAGCGUCGAAUUGGGCACGUUCAUUUAUAAGAGCAAUUGGUACGGACAACCUGUUGAAAUAACCAGAACCAUGUUAAUAAUGAUGUCGAGAACAGUAAAAGCCCUAAAACUGGAAUCUUUCGGUGUUGUUAUACUGAGUAACGAACUGUUAGUAAAGAUUUAUCAAGCGAGUUUUACCUUUGUUGUAUUGAAUUUAAGCAAACGUGUAAUACGCUAAAAGAAAUUCUAAUAUCUUUUAUCUGCACCAAUCGGUUUAAUAAAGUUAUCGUACGUUUUAAAAUUAUAAUGACGUAAUUUUUAAUAAUUUC